AUGAAGAUCUCCGCAAUAAUUCUCAGCCUUGCCGCCACUGUUUCUGGCCAUGCCAUCUUCCAAAAGCUCUCAGUCAACGGCGUUGACCAGGGCUCCCUAAAGGGAAUUCGCGCUCCUUCAAGCAACAACCCAAUUCAGAACGUCAACGAUGGCGGUUUUGCCUGCAACAACAACAUCCAACACAAAGACAGCAACGUCAUCUCCGUCCCAGCAGGCGCGAAAGUUGGUGCUUGGUGGGGUCAUGUAAUUGGAGGUGCCCAAGGAGGCAACGACCCCGACCAUCCCAUCGCAGCAAGUCAUAAGGGUAAUGGACAUGAUCCCAUCCGACCUAUCAUCGUUUAUCUUGCCAAAGUCGAUAACGCUGCGAGCACUGGCACCUCCGGACUGAAGUGGUUCAAGGUCGCCGAGGCUGGCCUUAGUGGAAGUACGUGGGCCGUUGACACCAUGAUCUCCAACGGAGGAUGGCAUUAUUUCACUCUACCAUCCUGCGUUGCACCCGGCGACUACCUCUUGCGAGUCGAGCUUAUUGCACUCCAUGGUGCCUCGGUUCAAGGCGAGGCCCAGUUUUAUAUGGAAUGCGCACAGAUUCGUGUAACUGGCUCUGGUAACAAAGUCGGCUCCGAAUUCGUUAGCUUUCCUGGCGCCUACGCUGCAUCUCACCCUGGUAUUUUGGUCAGCAUCUACGACAACACUGGCAAGCCCACCAACGGGGGCCGAGCCUACUCUAUACCGGGCCCCGCCAUCAUCACUUGCUCCGGUGGCGGCAGUAACUUACCACCUCCUGCUUCAAACCCCUCUCCCUCAAUCCCGCCACCUUCCAACAGCGGUGGUUCCACUGCGCCAUUAUACGGGCAAUGUGGCGGGCAAGGGUGGGCUGGUGCUACAACCUGCGCGUCUGGUAGUUGCAAAGCCACCAACGAGUACUACAGCCAGUGUUUGCCAUGA